UGACUCUCUGCGAGGCUCUUAGUCUGACAGGACUGGGCACGUGUUCUGUCAGUAAAUACCCAAUAAUUACAAAUUACAGCUGUUAAAACACGCGAAAACAGUCUAGAGUGAAUGUGUUUAAAUGUGUUUCCUUUAGUGCUCGUUGUUGUUCCCAGUAUGGUCUGUAAGCUACUGUAUAAUGCCCUUGUAAUAGCAGGCAACUUUCACUUAAGCUGUGAUAUUUUAAUUGCAUUUUAGCUAUCUAUAUAUUGUUGCAUUUUAAAUUGAUUUUAAUAAUAGUCGUAAAGUUGAAACGAUCUACAUUCUCUCUUAUACAUUAAUUAAUAUUCGCAGUGUUUAUUCCUAAAAUGGAAAUAAAAACGUCGGAAGAAACUAAUCAAAACAAAACCCUGCUAGAAGAAACGUUCUAUGUUCUCUCUAAGAAGAAAAACACUUUCAAAGUUCGACUAACUCAGAAGGGCCUCCAUUUGAUUAGAGACAAUGAUGACAAUAUUAAAGAGCAGAUCAUUCAAUUAAAGGAUAUUAUUGGUUGUCAAUGUUUAAGAAGCAAGAAACGAGCUAGACACUGUACCUGCCAGUCUCUACCUAGAUCUGAUAGUUUACAAGUCGUUGAAGAAAAUUCAACUGAUCUCGAUGAUUCAGAUAUCAGUGCUUACUUGUACGUGUAUGCCUACAUUUUACAAGGAACAAAGGAGGCAAAUAAAAAACGAGAAAGAACAAUUAUAACGUUAAGGUUUAGAUCAUUUGACAAGUAUGAAGACAAUAACAAGGAAGCUCAAAGAUGGAGAUGUGUAUUAAAGAAACUAAUGAAAGGGGAAACUCUAACUAGCUCUAUUGUAAAUCAGAAUUCCAUAAUAACUCGGCAUAGAGAAACACGAAGGCUGCUCAUUUUGUGCAACCCCAAAAGCGGAGCUGGAAAAGGCAAGCAAAUAUUUCAACAAAAAGUCGCACCUGUGCUAAAUGAAGCUGAGAUUCCUUACGAUUUAUAUUUAACAAAACAUUACAACUUUGCCAGAGAUUUUGUAAGAAGCAGUAAUGUUUUUCAGUGGACGGGAAUCAUUGGGGUGGGUGGCGACGGUAUCAUUUACGAGAUAAUAAAUGGAAUUUUUGAACGUCCUGACUGGUCUGAUGUAGUGAAAUCAGUUCCAAUUGGGGUUGUUCCUGGUGGUUCUGGCAAUGGGUUGGCUCGAAGUAUAGCCCAUCAUGCAGAUGAACCAUAUUUGCCAUCGCCAACUUUGCCAGCGGCUUUGGCAGCAGUUCGAGGAUACAGCGAACCCAUGGACUUAGUCAGAGUUGAAACUCUCUCGCAAAUUGUGUAUUCUUUUCUCUCUGUGGGAUGGGGUUUGUUGUCGGAUAUCGACAUUGAAAGUGAAAGAUUAAGAUUGUUAGGUGGCACGAGAUUUACAGUUUGGUCAGUAGCCCGUUUGAUAGGUUUAAGAUCAUAUAAAGGGAAAUUAUGGUAUCUGCCUUCAUCUUCUUCAAGUUCCUAUAGUCAAAGUCCAAUUAAUGAAGGCAGCUCCAUGGAUUUUCCCUCAGAGGUGCAUUUGGAGACAGACGAAGGGCGGCCAAGGGUAGAUUCGUGGUAUAGUGCGCACUCUAGACGUAGUGCCUAUUUUUCUCUUGGUGGCAGCUCAUAUCAAUCUACUACGGAUAGCGGAUUAGGUGAUGGUGAUAAUGUCGAUUCAGGUGAUCGGCCCAGACGAAUGUAUGGGCCAUCUCCACAGUUGCCCAGCCUAACAUCAGUUUUACCAGGAGAUUGGAAAUGCAUCGAUGGUAGAUUUGUUAUGGUGCAUGCAUCAUAUCAAACCCAUUUAGGAGAAGAUUGCCUCUUUGCGCCAGAAGCCCGAUUAAAUGACGGGCGCAUUUGGCUACUGAUAGUCAGGCAUGGAGCAAGCAGAUCUCAAUUACUGCAGUUUCUUUUAGGAUUGACAACUGGAGCACACGCAUCGUCCGAAAAUAAAGACCCCACAGGAAACAUUGAGCUAAUUCCUGUUAUUGCAUUUAGAAUAGAACCAGAUAUGGCUCACACUGGCUAUAUGACUGUUGAUGGGGAACAUGUGGAAUAUGGACCUAUUCAAGCAGAAAUAUUUCCUGAACUUGGUAGGGUGAUGGUUCCUUGACCGAAUAAUGCCGUUUCGCGAAGAAACCAACGAGAUUCUAGGAUAAUAAAAAAAUCGAAGGUUGUGAUUUUAUCUACUCUAGAGCCGCUUUUAAUACGGCUUGAUAGUUUCUAGAUUCCACUAUAUUUCUAUUGUUCGCAGUACAAGCGUACUGUAAUAUUGUUAACAUUUUAGAUGUUUAUCCAACAUUUUUACCAUAUCGCUAGUGCAUUCCUACGGAUCGAGCGUGUUUCGAUACCUGUUGUUCUCGCAUCCAGCUCCAAAAAAUAAACUAUUACUAGUUCUAAUCUUAAAUCCACUUUAAUUGAGGGAUUUUAUUCAAAGUACAAUGUCUAGUCCGCCGUGUGCCGCGUUGUUCGCCUUAACAAAAAUAACAUAAUCAAUUAAUGUACAUAAUAAAAUAUACUAAAAGUUAUCAAAAUAAUCGGGUUAAACAUUCCGAAAACUUCCGUCAUUAAUUUUUUAAAUUUUAUUAAAAAAGUUAUCUCGAUUUAUUUAAUAAGUUAAAACUGACCUUUUAAUCGCUUUAGAUUUGGAUAUUUUUUAUUUGAUGGUCGUUGAAGAAGCCUAACAUGUACAUAUUUCUGAUUUUAUGCCGAGUUUAAAUCCAAAUAUAAAUAACACUAAAAUUGUCAUUUUGCUUCACAUCGAUUUGAAUGCAAUUCAAUCGGACAAUAAGAAUAAUCAAAAAAUUCCUGUGUGAAAAAAACAAGAUCAAUUAAAUUAUAAAAAUCAGUAAGUAGAAUUCUUAAGAUUAAAAAAUACAAUUUGGAUGUUGAACGUUAAGCUGAAUAUCUUUGCUUGAUUUUCGGGAUAUUAUGGAUUAUAACUGAUGCUAAAGAUAAUUUACAUUUUAAAAUUUUUUUACAGUUCUCCAAGAUCAUUUUUUAGUUUCUCAUCUGAUCAUAUCAUUCAGUUUGGUUUUAAUACAUAUUAGUAAUUCUGUUGAUACUUAGUUAAGCCUAAAAUUCACAUUCAUUAAAUGUUGACAAAAGUACCUUUGUGAUUACCAGAAAUGACAAAUUCUACCGCUCUCUGGUUUAAGCAUUUUCAACAUGACUUUGUGUUCAUCUUACAUUUCAUAUUCAUUUCCGGCAUGUGAUUUUUUUAAACUAGAAAACCUUUAUUUAUGUGGAUAGUAAAAUUACAUUUUGUGAAUGGCAUCUACCGUUACUGUCAGUAAUUCAAUGAUUAUUAGUAGUGAGUUUUAAAUACAAAUUGUUAACUGUAGAGACGUAUUGCCUCAUAAUUAUUGUUUAAGUUGUCCCGACUGUUGAGGAGCUGCUUUACAUUUUCCGAAUACAUUUGAAAGGACAUGUUUAUAAAAAGUUAUUGUUACAUCAAAUAUACUUUUUAGAAGAA